CAGCCAGUUUCUCCCAAAGAGGGAGGCUCCUCCCAGCCCUUGCAGUGCCCUCCAGAUCCAAGACAACCAGGAGAGAAAUGCAGCCAGCUGAAAGAACGCGGCAGCCCCUGAAGCGCUGAAGCCCCUUCCUCUUCUUUCUGCCCCAUCUCCAGGAUUUCCUCCAUUAUGGCCUGUAACCGCUCGUCCAUUGAAACCUACAAAUACCUGCUGCCCAAAGGGAGCCACGCAGCGGGCUCUCGGGCACCCCCUUCACCUGCGCCCUUCAGGAUGUCCCUGGCAAUCCUCAUGAUGCUGAUGAUCGUGGUGGGGCUCCUCGGCAACACCGUGGUCUGCAUCAUCGUGUACCAGAGGCUGGCCAUGCACUCCGCCAUCACCCUGCUGCUGGCCACGCUGGCCUUCUCGUACAUCAUGCUGUCCUUGUGCUGCAUGCCCUUCACCGUCGUAACUCUUCGGGGUCUCUCGGCCGCACUCUACUGGUUGUUCAUCCUGGAGGGCGUGGCCAUCCUAUUCAUCAUCAGUGUGGACCACUUCCUCAUCAUCAUCCAGUGUCAGGAAAGGCUAAACCCCCACAGGGCCAAGGUGAUCACCGUCAUGUCCUGGACACUGUACUUCUGUGUCUCAUCCCUGUCGCUGGGCGACUGGCCGCAGGUGGAGGUGCCGGCGUGGGCCCCACAAUGCGUGCUGGGCUACACUGAGUUGCUCUCCAGCCGCACCUAAGUGAUGACGUUGGUGGGGGCCUUCUUCGUGACCUUCACCGUGAUUCUCACCUCCUACCUGGGCAUACUGCACACAGUGCGCAAGAACGCCGUGCACGUGCACAACAAGUCCGACAGCCUGGACCUGCAGCUGCUGACCCACACCAGCCUGCGGCGGCUCCAGUGGCAGUGGCAGGUCAGCCUGGACCUGAGCUUCAAAACCAAGGCUUUCACCACCAUCCUGAUCCUCUUCGUGGGCUUCUUGCUGUGCUGGCUGCCGCACUCCAUCUACAGCCUGCUGUCUGUGUUCAGCUGGAGGUUCUACUGCGGACACUUGUUCUACACCACCCGCCUCUGCGUCCUAGAGCUCAGCUACCUCAAGUCCGUCUUCAACCCCAUCGUCUACUACUGGCGAAUCAAGAAGUUCCUCGAGGCCUGUCUAGAGCUACUGCCCCAGACCUUCCAGAUCCUCCCCAAAGUGCCUGAGCAGGUCCAGAGGAGAAUCCAGCCGAGCACCAUCUACGCAUGCACCGAAAACAAGUACCGUGUGUAG